CCUUGGCUCAAGCGUAGUCAUUGGCUGCUUAUUAGAAUAAAUUGAGAACAAUGCAUACCACUGGCUGCCAAUUGUAAACAUAAGGGAUAUGUAGUCACUUAGCAUUGACUUUUGGGAGGGGCCAAGAAAAGUCUGUAGUUUUAUUGAAUAGGGCUGUGUGUUAGGCUGCUGGUGUACCUUUCUUGCUGUGCUCCUGCCUAAACAGCCAGUUAUUCGUUUCCUUCCUACUAGUUGAAAACUUUUCAGCUGCAGAGUGAUCACCCACAGUGCUACAGAGACAUCAUUCCUAAUUCAGUCCUGAGCGCUCAGCAGCUGGCGUGUGAUUGACAGGCCCAGAAGCGUGCAUCUGAUUGCUCUCAUAUUCAGAUCUGUUUGGAGUUCCAAAAGUUUGAAUACGCACCAUGGAUGACUUUGAACGCCGCAGAGAACUCAGGAGGCAAAAGCGCGAGGAAAUGCGCCUUGAAGCGGAAAGACUAGCCUAUCAAAGAAAUGAUGAUGACGAGGAAGAAGCUGCCAGAGAACGCCGUCGACGGGCUCGACAGGAGAGACUUCGGCAAAAGGAAGAUGAUGAGCUACCAGGACAAAUGACCGAGAAACCAGAAGUUAAUGCCCAGAACAAUGUGGCAGAAGAGGAGACCAAACAUACUACAACAACAGUAACAGACACUCAGGGAGAAGGGGAUGACAAUGCUGCAUUCUUGGAGAGAUUGGCAAGAAGGGAGGAAAGACGCCAAAAGCGUCUUCAGGAAGCCCUGGACCGUCAAAAGGAGUUUGACCCAACAGUCACAGAGGAGGGUGUGUCACUACCAAGUGGGGGAGAGAUAAACAAUGUGGCGGAAAAUGAGACCAUGGGGAAAGAGGAAAAGAUCGAAACUCGCCGAGGCCGUUACGAGAUUGAUGAAACUGAAACUGUCACUAAAUCGUACCAGAGGAACAACUGGAGACAAGAUGAAGAUGGAGAAGAAAAGAAAGAAGAAAAAGAUGAGGAGGCGCAGGAGGAAAAGCCAGAACAGAGAACCAUAGAGGAAAAUCAGGUAGAAGUAACAACAGAAAAGAAAACAAUAGACAAAGAAGAGGGAAUGGUGGUAUUAGAAGUAAAAACCCUACAUGUCAAUGCAGAGGAACACAAAGCAGAGAAUGAUACGAGUGUCCUACUUGUAGGGGAGCCAAUGGCAGAGGUGGAGGCCAUAAAUCUAACUGUAACUCUAGAUCAGGAGAAGCUUAGGGAUGAAGAAGAGGAAAAGGCUGAGGAAGAAAAGAAGAGAACAGAGGAAAGGGAAAAGCUUGAGGCAGAAGAGAGGGAGAGGGUUAAGGCAGAGGAACAAAAAAAGGCUGAAGAAGAAAGAGAGAGAAUUUCAGCAGAAGAGAAGAGAGCAGCCCAGGAAAAAGAAAGGAUUGAGGCAGAAGAGAGGGAGAAGAUUCAGGCAGAGGAGCAAAGGGCAGCUGAAGAAAGGGAGAGGACAAAGGCAGAGGAGGAGAAGAGAGCAGCUGAAGAAAGAGAGAGGGCUAAGGCAGAGGAGGAGAAGAGAGCAGCUGCAGAAAGGGAGAGGGCUAAGGCAGAGGAAGAGAAGAAAAAAGCAGAAGAAAGGGAGAGGGCUAAGGCAGAGGAGGAGAAGAAAAAAGCAGAAGAAAGGCAGAGGGCUAAGGUAGAGGAGGAGAAGAAGAAAGCAGAAGAAAGGGAAAGGGCUAAGGCAGAGGAGAAGAAGAGAGCAGCUGAAGAAAAGGCUAAGCUAGAAGAGGAGAAAUUAAAGGCAAAACGAAAGGUAGAAGAGAAAAGAAUUGAAGACAAAAAAGUAGAAGAAAAACAGGUAAAAGAGAAGAAGGUACAACAGGAAAAACCUCAAGCAAUCUCCCUAAGAAAACAGGGGGAAGAGAAAGAGGUUAAAGUGGAAGCUAAAAAGGAAAAGUUACCAGAUGAGAAACUUCGACCUACCUUCACAAAACCGCAGAUCAAAGAUGACAAGGCUAAUAAGGACAAAGCACCUAAGGAGGAGGUGAAGUCUGUCUGGGAUCGUAAGAAGGGAUUUCCUGAACCAAAGCCACAGAACGGAGAGCGUUUCCAGGAACUUACUACUCACAAACUUAAACAUACUGAGAAUACUUUUAGCCGCUCCAGCAUGAAAGCAGCUGCAAAUGCUGAGGAUGGUAAACCAGUGUCCCAAGCUGAAGCCGGCAAACGACUAGAGGAGCUGCGCCGUCGCCGGGGUGAAAAUGAGAAUGAGGAGUUUGAAAAGCUAAAGGAGAAACAACAGGAAGCAGCUGUGGAGCUGGAAGAACUGAAGAAGCGGCGCGAGGAGCGUCGGAAGAUCCUUGAGGAAGAGGAACAGAGGAGGAAGCAGGAGGAGGCUGAGAGAAAAGCUAGGGAAGAGGAGGAGAAGAGGAGGCUGAAAGAAGAGAUUGAAAGGAGAAGAGCUGAAGCUGCUGAAAAACGUCAGAAGAUGCCAGAAGAUGGCUUGUCAGAUGACAAGAAGCCAUUUAAGUGUUUCACUCCCAAAGGUUCAUCUCUUAAGAUAGAAGAACGGGCAGAGUUUUUGAACAAAUCCGCUCAGAAGAGUGGUGCUAAACCCACUCACCCUGCAGCAGUUGUCUCCAAGAUUGACAGCAGACUUGAGCAAUACACCAGUGCAAUUGAGGGCACAAAAACUCCCAAACCUGCUAAACCAGCACCCUCUGACCUUCCAGUGCCAGCGGAGGGUGUCCGUAAUAUCAAAAGCAUGUGGGAGAAAGGGAAUGUUUUCUCAUCACCCUCUGGGCCAGGGACACCAAAUAAGGAAACCGCUGGACUGAAGGUUGGCGUGUCCAGUCGUAUCAAUGAAUGGUUAACUAAGACCCCAGACACCAACAAAUCACCUGCUUCGAAACCUUCUGAUUUAAGACCAGGAGAUGUAUCCAACAAACGUAAUCUCUGGGAGAAGCAGUCAAAUGAAAAGGCAACCUCUCCUUCUAAGGUAACAGCUCUGGGGAAAAAGUCAGAGACUAAUGCAGGUGUGAGACAAUUUGAGAAAGAACCAUAGGAGGCUACUAAAGAUGCUGGACCAAUUCAUUUUGAAAAAGUGCUAAAUUGUCCUUUUUAUAUUUAUGUUUAUUUACCAAAAUGUCUUUUUUUUGCAUUAUCCCAUUUAAAACCAUGUAUAUUAGCACUGUAUUUAAUAAUCCAUCUAGACAUACAUCAUAAUAGUACUGCCUUUGCACAAGAGCCUUUAUUCCUAAAGAAACCCAUGCUGUGAACUACUCUCCUACUGAUAGUCAUGACUAUGUGUCUGAAACAUGAUUUCAACUAGCGUAAGAGGUCAACCCCCAAAUGCGUGCAAAGUUGAAUUACUUAAGAAAAGUGUGCAGUAAACCUAUUAAAAACAGUGGUUACUUUUGGAAUACAGAAGUCUUUUUCUGCACUUUAGACUAAGGCAUGGAAGAAAAUCUUUAGUUGACAAUGUAAUAUUUUCUGUAAGUUGCCCAUGUCAAAUACUGCAUCCAUAACGUGUUUAAAUUUUUGUUUUAUACUUUAUCAAUUUUUUUCAUUCUAGUUUAAGUUAAUACCUAAAUUUGGAUGAUUGUUAGCUGACAGCGGUACUGAUAUUUUAUUUUUGUUAGUGAUUAGUAAUUGACUGCAAUAUAUACACAUAGCUUGACAAAGUUUAGCUUUAAGGCACUACUAAUGGUAGAAUGCUUUAAUACAUGCUAGAGUAUUAUAUUUAGUAAUGAAUGCACAUAAUUAGCCGAUAUCACAGCUUUUACAAAAGUCACAAUCCUUUCUAGAGUAAGAUUUCAUAAUUUUGCCAUUAGAGGUAUGGCAAGAUGAGUAUUAAUUUUUUUAAGAUGCCCAGUAAUGGGUAAUUGAGAAGAAAACUAUAGUUUUAAAGAGAGGAAAAUAAGGGUAUAGAGGAUCAAAAAGUAGGUAACUUGUAUAAAACAUCGUAGUUUAAUUUAUGUAAAACUACCAUAAUUAAAAAAAUGAACACAGUUGGCGCUUAAAUUACUGUACACUAAAUCUUGCCAUUCAUCAGUGCCGUAUAUUAAGUCCACCUACCUAGUCAAAGUGAAGUAAGCCUCUACUUACGGUGUUUUUAGCUGUCUCCCAAAGUUCUUAUUCCCAGAUGUUUUGUUUGAUUUGUAUAUAGUAAUCACAGCUAUAAGUCAGCUUGGUUUGAAUUUACAUGCCAUACGGUUUAGCAUUUACAGCCUCCAGUAUAUGGGUGGAAUAAACUAGUUAACUGAAGUAGCCCUAAAAUGCUUAACAGCUUUAUGCAUUGGAACUACAGAGAACUUCUUCGUCACUACUUUUUUUGUAGCAUGUUUGUUGUAGCAGCUGACUUUUUUAUUAAAGGAGGGGGAGAAUAUAGUAUUUCAGUCCAAAGAUGAGCUCCCCUGCUUAGCUGAAACAUCUUGUUUACAUAUUGAGAUGCACUUGGCUAUCUGUAGGGGGUGAAACUGUGCAAACAAUGCCUGGCAUUGUUUCUGAAUUGUCAUGUUUUUUGUCUUGGGUUUUUGUAAACACUUUUCUCUGAAUCUUUCAAAUACAUUUGAUAGCUGCAAUAAACAUGACUUGUUCAAACAAUAUACUCUGAAACUGCACCAAUAAUAAAUGGAAUAUUUCCAUCAA